AUGGAUAAUUUCGAGAAACAAGCAAUAGAAGACUACAAGGAACGAAUAUGCCAAUCAGUUCCGAUUGAAUUCAUCCAGAACGCGCUAAGUGGCAUGAAUAUUAGUGAUAAUCACGAUCUGUACGCUCUAAACAACACCGCAAUUAGCACUGAUAAAAAUGAAACAAAAUUAAAUGAAAUUCUUCAGGCACAAGAUAAAAAUACCUUUAAACGCGUUGUAGCCAUUUUAAGAGAAAUAAAUCAACUGAAUAUUCAAAAAUUAGCAAAUGAAUUAGAAGAACACUGUCAGUCUUUACGAACUGGUAAACUGGAAGACGCAGGCAUACAACAAAAAAAGAAAUUUUCAGCGUUUGGCUUUUUAGGUGAAGAAUCACAUAAGAUACCUGUGAUUGGACAAGUACCAGUGCUACCUGAUAAUAUAGUAGCUCGAGAAAAAAUAAGCAAAAAAUUAAGCGGUUUACUUCAAAUAGCUCUUAAAAAUAGAAAGUGCGUUGUUGUCCAUGGUGAAGCUGGUUGUGGAAAGACUACUGCAGCUUAUUUGACUCUAUUUGUAAACGAUCUCAGUUUGGCUAACAAAUUGCAUAAAGGAGGUGUCAUCUGGAUAAAGCUAAGUAAUUCAAAUUCUGCAGAAAUCUUGCUUCAAAUGCAACACCUACUCACCUCGAUUUCAAAUGAUGAAUCUCGUCUUCCGUCAACUAUAGAGGAAUGUAAAAAUCAAAUAUCUUGCAUCAUCGAUGACGUACUAGACAAAAAUUUCAUUAAAUGCUUCGACUUCCAUUGCGCAACGCUGGUUACUUCACGUCAGCCUGAUAUUGCUGAUAAUACUUACGAAUCACCUAAUUUGUUCGAAGUUGAGCCUUUCCAGUUAAAUGAACUAAAGGAAAUCAUUCUUUACGAUUUGGAAUCUGUCUCGGAAAAAGAAAACUGCAUCACAACUAAAAUGGCUCGUAUAUUGGAAUAUUAUCAUAAUCUACCAAUCUGUUUAAAUUCUCUCCGUAUUUUAAACCUAACCAAUUCUCAAGAGGUUAAUCGUCAUCUGCUUGCGUUAGGAUCGAAAAUAGAUCGCGCAAUGGGUCAUAACAAAACUCUUCAAACAACUUUAGAUUUUAUUAUUCGAUCGUUAGACGAAACCAAAAGAUCCCAUUAUCAAUUGUUAGUUGUAUUUGCAAAUAGCGACAAAGUUCCGAUUACAGCAGUGUCAUUAUUGUGGUCUUUAGAUAUUAAAGUCAUAAAGAAAAUGUUCGAAAAUUUAGUCCAUGGUGGUUUAAUGAUUAAGAUAAUCGAUACAAUAAGUGGCAAUAGAUAUUAUCGACUUCAUUCUGUAUUCUGUCAUUAUUUAUUGGAAAAGUACCCCCACGCAGUUGGAUUUCAUCGUAAAUUAAUAUCUCAUUACAAAGAAAAUUGUCGCGAUGCUUUAUAUCAAUUGGCAGAUGAUGGUUACAUAUAUAAUCAUAUUAUUGUUCACUUACUCGCUGCUCGCGAAGUUAAAACUAUUAAAAUGUUAUUAACUGAUCCAAAAUGGUUGCAAUCUAAACUAAAUAUGACCUCCAUUACGCAUGUCCUAAAUGACUACAUCAAAUGUCGCCAAAUACUGAAUGAUCAGGAAUGGCAAGAAGUGAGUCAUUUUUAUCGAUUUUUAUCUGCCAAUAUGAACAUAUUACUUCGUACAGACCGGCCAACUUUGGCUCAGUUAUCCCUGAGUAAAACAGAGUGGCAAGUAUUUUCUAAAAAGGCUAGAGAUUUAAUAAACAAAAAUGAUACAUCGACAAUCUAUGUUGAAUGGAUGAAUAAAGAGGCAAUAACUAAUAGUGAUGAUUCAAUCACUACUGCUUAUCUACAUGAAGGUGCAGUAAGCGACUGUCGCUAUUCCUGUGAUGGUAGAAGGAUUGUUACAUCUUCAUGGGAUGGUAUUAUUAAAGUUUGGGAUCCAAUCUCUACGGCUGUGUUUGUACAAUUUCAUGGUGUACAUAAAAUAUCUUGCUGUUGUUUCUCACCUAAUCGAAGAUAUGUUGUAACUGCCUCGUGGACAGGAACUGCACAGGUCUGGGAUAUUGAGAUGGAGAGAUUACACCUCGAGUAUUCUAACCACUCCGAUAGAAUAUAUUGGUGUGAUUUUUCACCAGAUGGUCAAUACAUUGCGUCUUGUUCCAAAGAUAAAACGAUUAGGAUUUGGAAAAUUCCGGUGGCUAAAGUAAUCCUUGAUUGUGUAUGUCAUCGUCAGGAUUCAAACUAUAGGAUAACAUCAUGCGCAUUUUUUAAUGAUGACCAGGCGAUCUUAUGCACUUAUCGCCAAUUUGUCCACACUUGGAGUUGCGCAACUGGUGAACCAUUAUUUCAGUUGAAAUGUUUUGGUCCGAUAACUGCAUCAGCUCUCUCUUGUAAUAGUAAAUACUUAGCUGUCAGCGUUAGGGGCAGCAAUGCUGUACAGGUUUGGAAUCUAAGCAAUCAGAAACAAGUUGCUUUCUAUCGUGGGCAUACUGACUAUACGCAAGCCGUCCACUUUGCCCCUAAUGGCAAGACAAUUAUAUCAGCAUCGGACGAUAAGACCGUCAAGUUUUGGAGUUGCCAAAUUGACUUAAAGAAUACGGUCCAUGUUCGAUCUAAAAGGAUGCAAUUUAAGCCAACACCAUUUGAAUGUAGAUUUGUUGAUAAUAUCAUGCACGCUUAUUGCAUUACAGAAAGCAAUGGCUACCAAUUAAAGCAUUUUAUUGGAUCUGAUUCUAAAUUAGCUUCAAAGUGUGAGAAAUUCUCUGAAUUAAUAUGGAAAUGUUGCUUAUCUCAAGAUGGAUAUAAUAUAGCCGUUGGAUUGUAUAAUGGAGAAAUUAAAUUACUAUCUGCAAGCAAUCAGCAAGUCAUUUGGUCAGAGAAACCAAGCAAUGAAUCGGUGGUUUCGUUUUUAUUUACUGACAGAGGGAACAAAUUACUGGUGGUAUACGAGACAGAAAUAUACAUUUUAAGCAGAAGAAACGGAUACCUAUUAGGUAAAAUUUCCAAGUUAUGCUCUGUAAUAAAACGCUGUCUGCCAGUAAAUGAUAAGCUGCAUAAAGUUAUUUUGGCAUUUAAGAAUGGAAAAUUACAGAUGAUCCAGUUUACUAAUAAUCAAGUGCUUUUGGAAAAGAAAGCACAUAAGAACGGCAUAGAAAUUUGUGAAAUAUCACCAAUAAGAUCAUUCAUUAUUACUUCAGCCGCAAACGGAGUAGCGAAACGCCACGAAGAGGCUUAUGAGUUACUCUGCCUGCUUACAUGGUUCAGCAGAGAAGCUAGAAUUUAA